UGAAGACCAACUAGCCAAUCAUGACCGUCAAAUAUUUGAUCACGGUUCCCGGAAACACUACAUUAUAAUUCGUAUAUAACUCCGUUCACCUAUCAAAUGUUCUAGAACGCAGUCAAAUCCUUUUUUCUCUUUCUUUUUCGAUCUCUAGGGUUUUCGCUCUAACGGCGGUCCGGUUCGCGCUCUCUAGGGUUUCACGAUCUGCAACAAGCUUCGAUUCUGAGUAUUUUCACACUCAUGCCUCGGUAUUACUGUGAUUACUGCGACACUUAUUUGACCCACGAUUCUCCAUCAGUGAGAAAACAACACAAUGCAGGUUAUAAACACAAGGCAAAUGUUAGAACUUACUAUCAGCAAUUUGAGGAGCAACAGACCCAAAGCUUAAUUGACCAAAGGAUCAAGGAACAUCUUGGCCAAGCUGCAGCUUUCCAGCAGGUUGGAGCUGCUUUCAAUCAGCAUCUAAUGGCUCAGAGACCUCGACUUCCUGUUCUUCCAACACCUGUUAUGCCAAUUCCGGGGGGUGCACCGAUGCCUGUUAAUCAACCUAUGGUCCCAGGGAUUAGGCCCCCUGUUCUGCCUAGACCACCAGGUGCUCCAGGUUAUGUUAAUGUUCCGGGCAUGCCACCAAUGUUGGCACCACCUGGUGCUCCUUCCUUGCCUGGUCAAAUAAAUCGGCUUCCACGGCCUCCUACAUUGGCUCCCCCAACAACAGUUCCUGGAAGUACAACAACACCCACUUCUUCUAAUGGAGCGCCCACCAUGGCUACGCCUGCACCAUAUCCAACCAAUAUUGCUGUCUCAACAAGUGGAGGGUUUGACAAUUUUAAUGCCAAUGCACAACCGUCUGAAGCUAAUCAUUAAUCUGGUUAAACUCAGCAUGCUUUGCUUCCAUAUCUGAAGUAAAAGCUUAAGUAAGCCCAUGUAUGCUAUUGAACAAGAAGCUUUCAGAUGAUUAACGGUGUAUGGUAAUAUUUUUUAGAAGGGUAGUUUGUGUAUUAGACUUGAAGCAUAUGGAAAAUUUGAUAACUUGAUAAAUCACAUAGAAGUUGGCUCAUUUUGCUUUGACAUUG